AUGGCCAUAGCGUCACCUAUUGUCUGCUCUUCCCUCUCUCCUUCCACCCACAAGCUAAACGUAAUAAGUCCUACCUCUAUUUCAGUUCUAAGACCUAAUUGCAUUAUAGCUUUGUUAAAAUCUUGUUCAAAUGUAAGAGAAUUUUCAUCUCUUCACGCCCAUUUAAUCACCUCAAAUCUCAUCAAUGACUCUCUGAUAACCAGCCAUGUUCUUCGUUUUUUAAUCUCUAUUGAUGAGCUUGAUUAUGCCCACCAGAUUUGUAGCUAUACAUUUGAACCAGAAACCAUAAUUUGGAACACCUUUAUUAAGAACCAACUUAAAGAAGGUUUUCCAGAAGAAGUGUUUAUGACUUAUUAUCAUAUGGUCACUCAAGGCGUGGUGUUAGAUCUUUCCACUUUUCACUUCCUGCUUCAUGCUUGUUCUAGAAAUUUUGCUCUUCAACAAGGUAGUGAAGUUCAUGGUAGGAUUUUGAAAUCUGGGUUCGGAGCUAACAAAUCUCUGAACAACAAUUUGAUGGGAAUGUACUCUAAGUAUGGCAAAGUGGAAGAAGUUCGUCAAUUGUUUGAGAAAUUGCCUCAUAAAGAUGUUGUUAGUUGGAAUACCAUGAUAUCUUGCUUUGUUUCGGUGGGAAUGUAUAGAGAAGCCUUGCAUUUGUUUGACGAAAUGAUGAUGGGUGGGGUUAAACCUGAUGAGAUAACAAUGCUUAGCUUGGUCUCGGCUUGUACUAAGUUGAGGGAUUUAGAAAUGGGCAAAAAAUUUCAUGUCUACAUUGAAGACAAUAAUCUUCAGAUUGAUGGGAGUUUAUUGAAUUGUUUGGCAGAUAUGUAUGUCAAGUGUGGGAAAAUGGAGGAAGCGCAUAGGCUUUUGGGUAGAUGUCAAAAAUCUGAGGUGGAUGUUGUAAUGUGGACUACACUUGUUAGUGGGUAUGUGAAAGCCAAUAAGAUAGAAGAGGCUAGGAGUUUGUUUGACCAGAUGGCAGAGAGGAACUUGAUAUCUUGGACUAUCAUGAUAUCGGGUUAUGCCCAAUUUGGGCGUUAUUUUGAAAGUUUAGAUUUGUUUAGACAAAUGAGGUUUGAAAAUGUGAGCCCAGAUGAGGUUGUUCUAGUGACGGCACUUUCAGCUUGUAUUCAUGUAGAAGAUUUUGCGUUAGGCAGAGCCAUCCAUGGCUUGAUCAUGAGAUAUGGAAUGACUUUUGAUGGGUUUCUUGGGAAUGCUCUACUCGACUUGUAUGCAAAAUGUGAGAAACUCGAUGAAGCAUGCAUAGUUUUUGAGCAGUUGCCUUGCAGAAGUGCUGUAUCAUGGAAUUCAAUGUUGGAUGGUUUUUGCCGAAGUGGAGAUGUUGAUAAAGCAAGGAGCUUUUUUAAUAGCAUUCCGGAGAAGGACAUAGUUUCUUGGAACACCAUGCUCAAUUUUUAUGUGAAGCAUGUUCUCUUUACAGAAUCAUUUGGUUUUUUCCAGGAGAUGCAGCUUUCAAACGUAAAGCCUGACAACAUUACUUUGAUCGGUUUGCUGUCAUCCUGUGCUAGAGUUGGAGCCUUGAAUCAUGGCAUUUGGCUUCACGUUUACAUAAAAAAGAAUGACAUUGGUCUGGAUUCCUUGUUGGCCACUGCCCUAAUUGACAUGUAUGGGAAGUGUGGGUGCGCUGAAAUAGCCUACAGCUUCUUUUCUGAAUUAACUGAAAGGAAUGUAUUUGUUUGGACUGCAAUGAUAGCAGCAUAUGCUAUGGAGGGGCAAGCCCACAAAGCUAUUGACAUUUACUUGGAAAUGGAGGUAAUGGGAAUAAAACCAGACUAUGUCACUUUUAUAGCUCUUCUAUCUGCAUGUAGCCAUGGAGGUUUAGUUGAUGAAGGCUACAAAUAUUUCAACAAAAUGAGAACUCUAUACAAUAUUAAUCCAAAGAUUCAGCAUUAUGGAUGCAUAGUUGAUCUCCUGGGUCGAAUCGGGCGCUUGGAAGAAGCAGUGAAGUUCAUUGAAACAAUGCCAAUGGAACCAGAUGUCUCUAUAUGGAGUUCCUUGAUGAGAGCAUGUGGAAGUCACCACAAUGUGGAAUUAGCAGAGUUUGCAUUUAAACAUCUCAUAGAGAUAGACCCCAUAAACGAUGGAGCUUUUGUACUGCUUUCAAAUAUCUACGCAAAUGCUGGCAGAUGGGAUGAUGUGAGUAAGGUGAGAAGGAAACUACAUGACACAGGAGUAAGGAAGCAACCAGGUUUCAGUCUGAUUGAACAAAAUGGAGUUCUUCACAAGUUUACAGCAGGGGAAUUCUCAAAUCCGCAAUCUGCAGAAAUCUGUUCCAUGUUGGAAGAAAUAGAAAGAAGAUUAAUAAAGCAGCAACUACCAGAUACCUCUUCUCAGCAUAGCGAAAGGUUGGCUGUUGCAUUUGGUCUAAUAAACAGCCAAGGAAAAUCCACUAUAAGGGUUGUGAAUAACAUUAGAAUUUGUGGCGAUUGCCACUCAUUCAUGAAGGUAGUAUCUCAGGCUUAUGGCAGAGAAAUAGUUAUCAGGGAUAUCUACAGAUUUCAUCGAUUCAAAGAUGGGUAUUGCUCCUGUAAAGAUUAAUGGCAAUUCAAGGUUUGGGUUCUUUAUAAUUUGCAAAAAAAAAAAAAAAAAUAGUUAUCCAAUGAGCCAGAAGUACAGAUAAAAAAAUUGAGCACCAAAUCCUCUCUCUCUCUGCAAUUGAACAAACUCAGAGAAAGAGAGAUCACCUAUUCACCUCGUAAGGGUGAAACGUAUGGACCCACAACCCUGCAAGAACUUCUAUUAGGCUGUAGAAAAGCUUGAAAUUUGAGAAAAAUGUCAACAUCCCCAAUAAGCUUAUAUCACCCCUAGGGGAAAUUUGUCAAAAAAAAAAAAUCUAAUUUUAU